CUUGCUGUGUUGUACUUUUUCUUGUUUUCUAUUUUUCAUGUUUAUUUUAUUUUCAAUUGAAAUAUGUCUAGGUCUAUUCUAGUAUGUAAGGAAACGUAUGGUGGUUCGAGCAGAGAAAGACUUUACGUUAUACCUCCUGCUCAAAAGAAUAUUGUGUCGGUUGUGUUGGUAGACAAUAAAAGAGCGACUAUUAUCAACUGGUUCACCAAAGUAUUCCUACCUCAGGGGUACCCAAAAAGCGUAAGCGAUGAUUACUUAUCCUACCAAAUUUGGGACACCGCCCAAGCAUUUUGCAGUACAAUAACAGGUACACUAGCAACUCAGGAAGUGUUGCGUGGAGUGGGGGUUGGCAGCACCGAGGCCACUCCGCUGGCCGCCACCAUCACGUGGGUGGUAAAGGACAGCUGCGGACAUCUCGGCAAGAUAUUGUUUGCCUUCAGCCAUGGGACUCAUCUGGACGCAUACAGUAAAACCUGGCGCCUGUAUGCAGACACGCUCAACGAUGCCGCCAUGUGCGUCGAGAUCGCGCUGCCACUCUUCAAGAAUAUGACCACGUUCUUGCUGUGCCUGAGCACGGUCAUGAAAGCUAUUGUUGGAGUUGCCGGUGGCGCGACGCGCGCGGCGCUGACGCAGCAUCACGCGGUGCGCAGCAACCUGGGCGACGUGGCCGCCAAGGACGCCGCACAGGAGACCGCCGUGAACCUGGUCGCCUCCAUGGCAGCGCUACUCGUCAUCUCUGUCUUCGGCAACUCCCUAGUCAUCUUCUCCUUGCUCACGGUACUUCACAUCGUGUUUAACUACCUGGCGGUUCGCUCCGUCUGCUUGCGCUCGCUGAACGAGCCGCGCCUGCUGCAGCUGACAGACCUGUAUCUGCGGCACGGGGCGCUCGCCACGCCCGAGCAGGUCAACCGCUCGGAGCCGCUCGUGUUCUACCAGCUGGGCGGCAGCAUGCUGGAUUUAAAACUAUGCGGCUUCCAAAUUAAACUCGGCCACUCUUUCAAUUCGGUCCUCAAGCAUUACAAUGCGUCUGAACUGCAGUCCAUAUUGGACGUGUAUGAAAAGCGUCAGUACAUGGUUGUGCCCGCCGUAGGCAGUCGUCGGAUGUUCGUGUUCGUGACGUCACAAGCCAAGGCGACUGAUGUGCUGUGCGGGUACUUGCACGCGGUCAUGCUGGCCGCUGUCACGUGCGCCAUCAAUGAUGUUCAGUUGCCGAUCCUAAACAUGCCAUCGACCCGUCCGUUCGCGGAGCUGUGCCUCUCGAUGCAGGGCUCCGAGUGCAGCCGCUCGCCGGUCCCCGAGGCCGCCCUCACGGCGCACGGGCUGGUCUACAACCCCUCGCUCGAGCUGAUGAGGGACAUGGACCAGGUCGUGCAGAGGGAGUGGCUCACCGUCUACCGGGGGAUGAAGCAGACCGGGUGGGACGUGAGCACGCAUCUCCUGGUCCUAGACGAGUGGCGAAUGCACAGACAAAACGCCAGUGAGGUGAAGGUGGCCACAGACUAGGUAGAGCGUCACCGACUUUACAGUGCCACAAACUUAUCUGGGCCUCUAGUACGGGUUUUGCAAUUUACGUAAACAAAAAAAGUUUUGGUUUUCUUCUGUCACCUGCAUAAAUUAUCUGUCAAAUGUUUAAUGAUAGUUUCCGCUAGAGGCGCCACUUUGUAUGCGAGAAAAAUUUAACUUUUAUAGUUUUCGACGAUCUAUCAAACCUCUACUAGACGUACUGUUCCGGUGACAGCUCACAUAAAUGUCUAAUAUUUCUUAUUUCUAUAAGAUCUCAAGUUUGCUCGUAUUGUUAAUUUCGCCCUUGCGGUGUUAAUAAACCCAUCUAAUCUUUUCCAAUAUACAAUUCAUUAUUAAGUAAUGAGAUAUGGAUCCGGAACACCGGAACAGAUAAGUUGUCGCACUGUACUUUAAUACGAACGAACUAGAUGGAGUGUCAGUGCACAAUUUAAGAAACGUGUCGACGCACUUCUACCACUAAGCUCCUAUUUUGAAUUCGUGAGCAGAUUGUGAGAAGAUUUGUGACUUUAUUCAUUGGUUUUUAUUAGAUGGAACUUAAAUCGGUUUGACAGUAAAAAAAACGACAACUUUUUUUGCUUUGUUUUUGUAUGUUACAUACAUUGUUCUUAUAUUGUUAAGCAAGAUCGGCACUGAAUAGUUUUUUUUUUAUUUUUGCCAAAAUUUUAUGCAUAAAACCGUAAAUAAAAAAAACUAGCCAUAUUUCAAUAUUUUUGAAAUAUGGAUAGUUUUGUUAUGGACUGCUAUUUUAAUUUGUUGCUAAUGUAAAUGUGAUGUAAAGUGAUGCAAAUGGAACACUGUACAUGCUUGUUAACACUUAGCAACAGGCAACAUAUACCUAAUAGACCUCUGUUGGGUGUGGUCCUGCUAUAAUAAAACUGCAUUUACUGAUUUACAAAAUUAUUAACUCACUGAAUUUUAGAUACAUUAUAGUACUUACCUCGCAAAAUGGAUCAGUAUAAAAUAAAAUAAUUGGGGGCAGCUAUUAGUUGCGAAUUUGUUUAGCAAUACUAAUAUUAUUUUAUAUCUACCUGUAAUUGUACUGCAAAAUGCUUGGGCGGUGUCCCAAAUUUGGUAGGAUAAGUAUUCAUCGCUUGCGCUUUUUGGGUACCCCUGAGGUAAGAAUACUUUGGUGAACCAGUUGAUAAUAGUCGCUAUUUUGUUGUGUCUACCAACACAAUAUUCUUUUGAGCUGAAACAAUUAAAUUUUGUAAAGUAAACAAACUAACGUAUAAAUACAAAAACGUAUAAAUAUUAAGGUCUACUUACCAAUAACCCUGUAUACUCCAUGGUUGAGAUUAGUACUUCUCCUCCAUAGAGUAAAUAAUACUAGUGCGUGCCGCCGCCGCCUGCUGGCGCCCUGGUGCAGUUUUACAUUUAAGGUUAAUUUAUUACGGCUGUGUCCCCUUAUGGAAAACGAUUGCGUUAACAGGGUAUCCCGUAAAUACUGGAUCAACGAAACGGGGGUGACUCAGGGGGUCAGUCUUAACAACUGUUGUUGUUGUUGCGUUGUUCUAAUUCGCAAAGAACCAUAGAACAAAAGUUGUCCAGAUUGACCCCUUUUCCGUUCGUCCACUAUUGACUGGGCACCCUGUAGUUUGGAUUUAUUACGAGUAGGAACGCAAUUUAGUCAACUUUAAAGUAUUUACACUUAUAAUAAACAUGUUUAAGAUAUAUCUUUAUUUAUACCAAAUAUAUUGUAAGUAAGUAAUUGCUAUACAUAUUUAUAUGCAGUACACGACACAACCCUGCGUUAUAGAUAUAAGUUUUUAUUUGUAUAUAUUUGCUUGAAUGUCUUUAAUUUUUAUGAUGUUGCUGGAUAUACAUUACUUAAAUAACAGAAGUGCUAGAUUUAAGUAGUGUUUAGACUUAUUCCAUAUAAUAAUAAUAU